CCACUUGGACCCGUUCUCCAGAAACCAUGUCAGCUUCGCGUCUUCCUCUUUCGUAAAAGACUUCACAGUAGAACCGCCCUUAUGCAUGCGGCAUCGUACACUGCCCAGACUCCUGCGCAUCGCUGUCGCGAUUUCGCGUACGCUUGCUUUCUGCCGGACGAGUUGGUCGAGCUGUUCUACUUCUUCCGACGUCCAAAGUUUUCGCUUUGUGACGGCGCGCUUGGGUUGUGGAGAGCUUGGGCGACCUGGUCGACUGACCCGAAGACCAGGACUGUACAUUUUACGUUCAGUGCUACCGUAAGACUUUCCAAGCAUCUCGGCGAUCUGUUUGAAAGAAAGACCCUGCUUCCUAGCUUCAACAAGCUUCGACACCUCGCUCUCCGUCCAGUAUGGCCGGGAGGCAAGAGAACCAGCCGAUAUCUUGUCCCCAUCGGAUUUGUCAGUAUAUCGCUUCGUCACUACGGCUAUGGCACUGCGCCCUAGAGACAACGCUAUGUCUUUCACGCUUUUUCCUUCGGCAGAGAGCUGACGAAGUUUUUCAACCUCUGCUGCGGACCAGAAAUUGACUUUUCUUUUCAAUGCUGAUUGAGCGAUGCUAGAAGCAUUUUUCUGCUCUCUGCUGGGUAGCACUAUUACUGGCAGCUUUCGAAGACCCCGGUUCCAUCCACGCAGGCAGGAGCUAUUCCCAAGGAGUUGUCGGAGAGGAAGCAGAGAUGAUGACAUUGCUCAGGAGCGACAUGGAUGCCGAAAGUUCGCCC